UGUUCCCGGUCUUUACGGCAGUUUGCGGCCGUGUGGCGACGGUUUGGACGCUUUACGGCAUUUCGCCCCGGGUGGCGGCCCGGUUUACGGCACUUUACGACAGCGUUGGGGCGCAGUUUACGGCCGUGUGGAGGUCCGGUUUACGGCAGUUUAUGACGGUGUGGGGUACCGGUUUACGGCAGCGUGGCGGUCCAGUUUACGACAGUGUGGCGGCCGGUGUCGGUGUUUGUGAAGUUUCUCGUAUCCGGUGCCAUCGGCGGUGGCGGAGCCGGAGAAUCGGCUGGUUGUAGAAGAUGGCACGAUUCCUGACCCCUGUGAUCCAGGAUAAUCCGUUCGGAUGGGGACCAUGCGCAGUCCCAGAGCAGUUCAAGGACAUGCCAUACCAGCCGUUCAGUAAGGGGGACCGGCUGGGAAAGGUUGCUGAUUGGACAGGAGCAACAUAUCAGGAUAAGCGGUACACCAAUAAGUACUCCUCCCAGUUUGGUGGCGGCAGUCAGUACGCCUACUUCCACGAGGAAGAUGAGAGCAGCUUCCAGCUUGUCGACACAGCCCGCACACAGAAGACUGCCUACCAGAGGAACCGUAUGCGAUUUGCUCAGCAGAGAAACAUGCGACGUGAGAAAGAUCGGCGCCAGCUGCUGCAGUUUAACAUGCAGACUCUUCCGAAAAGUGCCAAGCAGAAGGAGAGGGACCGCUUACGUUUGCAGAAGAAAUUUCAGAAGCAGUUUGGUGUACGACAGAAAUGGGACCAGAAGAACCAGCUGAAGCCAAGAGAUUCCUCUGUUGAGGUGCGCAGUGACUGGGAGGUGAAAGAAGAGAUGGACUUCCCUCGGCUGAUGAAGAUGAGGUACAUGGAAGUGGCUGAACCCAGCGACAUAGAGUGCUGUGGUACACUGGAGUACUAUGACAAGGCCUUCGACCGAAUCACCACACGCAAUGAGAAACCACUGCGCAGCAUCAAGAGGAUUUUCCACACUGUCACCACCACCGACGAUCCCGUCAUCCGGAAGCUGGCCAAGUCUCAGGGCAAUGUAUUUGCGACCGAUGCCAUCUUGGCCACUCUGAUGUGCUGCACCAGGUCAGUCUACUCGUGGGACAUCAUCGUGCAGCGGGUCGGAUCCAAACUCUUCUUCGAUAAACGUGACCACUCCGACUUUGACCUCCUGACAGUCAGCGAAACCGCCAAUGAACCACCUCAAGAUGAAGGGAAUUCUUUCAAUUCUCCCCGAAAUCUGGCCAUGGAGGCCACUUACAUCAACCACAACUUCUCUCAGCAAUGCCUGAAGAUGGUGAGAAAAGGGACAUCAAACGAUGGCGUCGAGAAGUACAAGUUCCCAAAUCCAAACCCUUUUGUAGAAGACGACGUGGAUAAGAACGAGGUGGCUUCAGUGGGAUACAGGUAUCGGCGGUGGAAGCUGGGUGAAGACAUUGACCUGAUCGUGCGAUGUGAGCACGAUGGUGUCAUGACGGGCGCCAACGGUGAAGUGUCCUUCAUCAACAUCAAGACUCUGAACGAGUGGGACUCUCGGUACUGUAACGGCGUGGACUGGCGUCAGAAGCUGGACUCACAGAGGGGAGCUGUCCUCGCCACGGAGUUGAAGAAUAACAGCUACAAGCUAGCUCGAUGGACCUGCUGUGCCCUGCUGGCUGGAUCAGAAUAUCUCAAACUUGGGUAUGUGUCCCGAUUCCACAUCAAGGACUCGUCUCGUCACGUGAUUCUGGGCACCCAGCAGUUCAAGCCCAACGAGUUUGCCAGUCAGAUUAACCUGAGCAUGGAGAAUGCCUGGGGUAUCCUGCGCUGUGUCAUUGACAUCUGCAUGAAACUGGAUGAGGGCAAAUACCUGAUUCUGAAAGACCCUAACAAGCAAGUGAUUCGUGUCUAUAGCCUCCCUGACGGUACCUUUAGCUCUGAAGAAGAAGACGAGGAGGAGGAGGAUGAGGAUGACGAAGAGGAAGAUGGCACACAGUGAUGCAAAGCUUUGAUAGUCGCACAGUUGUGUAGGUCAUGUCUUGCCAGCACUACAUUCAAAGUUUUACCCAUCAUGUAGCAAGGCAAGCGAUGAAUACAAGCAACUCGUACACUCACUCAAAACAAAACAGUUCUGAAAUGCUACCUUCGAUGUUUUUAACCAAAACCCUAACAUCUGUUGGUGUAGCUGUUGUGCUUCUCUGGUCCAACUUCACAAUUGGCAUCCUUGUAGAUGAGUGUUACAGUGUGUGCGUGCUCUGUCACGCUCUCUCGUUCUGUCCUUCCUCCCUCUACAUUCUCUUUCUUUCUCUCACACCUCUCUGUCCAUUCCCAUUUUACAGUAACAACAACCACCACCCCCCCCCCCCCCGGCUACUCUAGGCUUCUAACAUCUGAGAGUCUAUUUGAGGUCAGUUAUUGAGGUACACACUGGGGACUUAAUAGAGCUUCUGCUUACUCCCAGGCUGUGGAAUCCCUAGUCGUCUUGGAGUUGUGCUUCCUACAAAUUAAUCUCCCACAGCUGCUUCCCAUUGGCCUGUACUUGAAAAAUAGUUGAAGACACUUGAUCGAUCUGAGACUGAGCAUAUGGCAAGCUUGUGUGUCAUGGGGUUUAAAUUUGAGCCCUGACAGAUGCAUUUUCAUGAAACUAUAGGUAGGAGAAUGCAGAAUAUUCUGAAAUGGUGUGCGGAAGGACGUGUUUAAUAUCCUACAAAGUAAGCUUAGGGCAGAUAUAGGGGCGAAGAAUCAGAUCUGUUGGAUCAGGGUGCUGUAGAUACAACGACAGAUGUGCUUAAAAUUCAAGAUGGGUGCAGGACUGGCAGUGACACCACUUAAUGGGAAGAUUUGAAAGGUGUUCCAGAAUGAGUUCAUUCUGUCAGAUUUUGAAGCUGUUGGGCAGGGUUUGGGGUAGGGGGGGAACAGGGUCUGAGUCUAUGUACAAUUAAAAAUUACAAUAAAAUGUUCCAUUUUGAAGA